CUUGUUCAGACUUAUUCAAGCUUCUUCAGUCUUGUUCAGCAGGGCUCCAAGGAUCAGCAGGAGCUCUGAUACCAUGUUGCAAACUGCAGAAAAUUGCAGGUUUUCUUCAUGUUUCUUUUGUUCUGUUUUUGAUCUUGUUCAAAGAAAAGAAAAACAGAGAAGUGUUUUGUGUUUAGAACGUAUGAGAGAGACAGUAGUAGCAGAGAGAGAAAGAUGAAGUAGAGAAAUGAUAUUUUUCUUGCUUAUUACACAAUACUGGCUAUUACAUAUAUUUAUACAGAGAACAGAACACUCUAGAUCUUUCUCCAUACAUCCUUAUUAUUGACUUAGACUUAUGAGUCUUUGACUUUUACAUAACUAAACAACAGCUUCACGUGUUACUCUUAUUUUCACAUGUUUAUGUUUUGUGGUUUGAGAACAAAUAGGCAUCAUUCAACAGGGUUUUGAAGAACACGUACAUAAACAGAUGGUGUUCAAGUUUCACUUUCCUCAUCUCCACAUACUCCAUCAUAACCAUCAUCAUGUUCCGAAAGGCUGUGUUGCGAUCAUGGUUGGUCACGAGGGAGAUGAAGAAGGUCUACACAGAUUCGUUGUUCCCUUGAUGUUCUUGAGCCAUCCUCUGUUCUUGAGGCUCUUGAAAGAAGCUGAAGAAGAGUACGGUUUCAAACACGCUGGUCCGAUCACGAUUCCUUGCCGUGUCGAUGAGUUUAAGCAUGUUCAGGAGAUUAUCGACGAGGAGACUCAUCGACGUCAUGGUCACGGUAACGGACACAACAACCACAACCACCACCACCACAACAACCAUCUGCGAUGUUUCUGAAGAUCUGUGUUUGGUUUUGUUUGGUUUGACAUGUAAUUGAUAUUGGUUUGGUUUGGUUUGACUUUUCGUUUGAGAUUGGUUUAGUUUGCUUAGUGAUGAUGAUGAUGAUGAAAAAUACAGAGUGCAAUUGAAUGUUAAUGCUUCUCUCAUCUUUUACCAAUGUAAUCGUGAGGAAAAAGGAAUUUCAAUGUGUGAUUGCCUGAUUGAAAUAAGUAUUAUUUGGAAAAGGAUUGUGAAUAUUUCUUAUGUAAUUGAUUCUAACGCGUUCCGUGGACCAUGUUGCUUUU